AUGGGAAGUCAAAUACAAAAAUCUCAUGUUAAUAUUAAAGCACAUAUUUCUCAAAAAAUAGAAAGACCUUAAGCAAAAGCAGUAUUUAUGGAAGUAAGAGUAAAUGAUCCAGGUGCACCUAUUAACUCCUUCCUAGUAGAAUCUAACAAUUUUUUAAAUGAUAAUAAAAUGCUUAACAGUAAGAGUUAAGACCAAGACAAAAAUAAUUCUCCAAAUUUUGAAGAAAACAAAAAUCCUCAAAACCCUAAUAACUAGAAUAUAAAAUCAGUCAAAGGAAUCCUUAAAAAAUAAAGCAACAAGUCUCGAUCUUCCUCGAGAUAUUUUAAUGAAGAAGCUAAAUUUGUGAGAUUUUAACUUAAAAACACUCACUUCUCAUUACACAAGCAUAGAGAUGUCGAAAAAUUAAAAAAAUCUAGAAAAAGUAGGAUUUCUACUCAAUUGUGA